CCUUGGAAACUUUGUACUUAAAGGCGACUCGAUGAGGCCAUUGACAUUGAUCAAUCUGCCUCUUUGCCUCUCUAUAAGCACCUUCUCGGAAAAAGGGUCGGAGGAGGAUGGAGGGUCAAGAAGGAGGCGGCGGCGGAGGCGGGGUGGUGGUCGUCGGGCAGGCGGAGAUCGACACGAGGCUGCCGUUCAAGUCGGUGAGAGAGGCGGUCGCACUGUUCGGGGAACGGGUUCUCGCCGGGGAGAUCAUUGCCAAUAAGCUCAAAGAGAUGCGAGCCGGAGCUAGCGAAACUGCCCAAGCGGCUCACUCCCGAAUCGCGGCCCUAACGGUCGAGCUCGAGGAGACGAAGCAAAACCUCAUGAAAGCCAGAGAAGACAACAACCGGUUGGCCAACACCAUCAAAACCCUGAAAGAGGAGCUCGAGAAUGCCAGGAGAGAGGUAAAGCGACUGAAGGCCGUGGCAUCUCCGAAACACUCUCUCAAUCCCGAGAUCGAGGACUUCAAGUUCAUCGAGAACGUCACCAAAGUCGGCAGAGCCAAGAAAAAGUUAGCGCUGGCUAUCGAAGAAGAAGAUGACAGCGUCGACGACGAAGACGAUGACGGAAGGGAGUUCGAGUUCCAUAGGAAGACGAGGUACGUGAAGUUCGCGAGCCCUCCGUCGCUGACGCGGGUGAUCGCGAGCAGAGAAGAGCGCGAAGCGACGCUCGAGAGGCUGCCGUCGGUGAACAGAUCGAAGAACAAGAAGGCUCUCGUUUCCGUCGUGGGGUGGCUGUUCGCAAGGAAGAAGGGCGGACCUGAUCAUCACAAAGAGGAUUAUUAGUUCGUUCAUGUUUCCUCUUCAGAAGGAGCCUGCUCUCUAAGGGAUCGUGAAGUUUCUCGUCACGUAUGUGUCCUGAGCAUGUGAGACUUACCACAAGGAGCAUCUUUAAUUUUUGUUCGAUUAGUUGAAUUUUUCCAAAGGCUGGGAUGUACCUAGGUAGCGACGGUAUUGGACCUUAUAUUAUCGAUAUUUACAUCCACUGCUCUCGAAUAAGUCGCAUUCGUC